AAGGAAAUACAGCAUGGUUGAUAAAAUUGAUAUGGUUUCCUAUUUCCUUUAGUUGCUGGGGACUAUUCUGGAUUUCAUCAUUCAAAAUUUAUUUAGACUUCUGUGCCAAAUGUGUCGUCAUCCCGCUGACGAUGGCGCCUUCGUGGCAUGACGAAUAAGUUUCAACACGACCCUUUCAAAAAUGCAUCAUGUCUAUUUUUGGUUCCCAAAUCAUAAACAAUAACAAUCCUGAGGCUUAGGCUAAUUGAUCAAGAACACCCAACUCCAAGCCAGAAAGGGCCAGUGGUCCAACUUUUCUGACUGUGCAAUAUAGAAGAGGGUAGGCCUAGAGCAAGGGAGAAAUGCUCACAACAACAUGGAUAGCAUUAGUUCUUGGCUUCUGGUCUACGCUGUACCUCCUUGAUGCGUUUUUAAAGACAAAGAAACCAUGGUCUAGAAAUUAUCUGAGCUUCCUAGAAAAUACUGGAUUGUCUGUGUCUAUCUGCCAAUUCCGCUGGUAUACGAGUGUUUUUAAUCGAACAUUUCUACGUCUGGGACAAUGGCGUCCCCAGUUUUUACGACUGUGGUUUACUGUAGGGGUAUUAUUCGGACUAGUGGCUAUGUUGAUAUCAGUAUGUAUGUUAACGUUACUAAUAGUCAAUACAUUCCGUCAACAACCUGUAGAACAACAAGUUUUAACACCAGUGAUGCCUGGUAUCAACCUACCUACCAGUCAAUUAUGGUACUAUCUUCUAACUUUACUAAUCUGUGGUAUUCUACAUGAAGUAGGUCAUGCUAUAGCUGCUGUCAGAGAACAAGUUCGUGUGAAUGGUUUUGGAUUAUUUAUGUUUGUGUUAUAUCCUGGAGCUUAUGUUGAUCUUUCAUCAGAACAUUUAAACGUGGUAUCUCCUCUACGUCAGUUACGUAUUUAUUGUGCUGGGGUGUGGCAUAACUUUAUUAUCGUACUAGCUGCUAUACUGGUGUUGUUUUUACUGCCCUAUUUAUUAAUGCCAUUUUAUACAACAGGACAGUCAGUGGUUAUUACUAGUGUUGUGGAGGGUUCGUCAGUAUCAGGUCCGCGAGGUCUAGCUGCUGGCGAACCAUUAACUAGUAUCAGUGGUUGCCAGGUAACCAAUCAAGAAGAGUGGUAUAGUUGUAUAUCACAGAGUAUACGAGAACAGUCUCUAGGCCAUUGUAUGCCUACUGCUUUAAUACAGGAGCUAGAUUCCUCACCUAAACUUAUUUACAGUAAAAAUAUUAUAGAUUGUUGUAAUUUUACUAGUGAUACACAUCUCUGUUUUUUAUAUCAUACUAGAGCUAGUCCUAAUCAGAAAUAUGCUUGUCUACCAGCACGAACGACCACUGACAGACCAGUUUGUAAAUUACAGACAGAUUGUCACGCACCAAAAAUAGAAAUAGUCUGUGCUUACCCAAUGGUUGAUAAUUCUACUAAAUUAUUACGUAUAAACCACGGUCGUAAACCACCAUUACUGUUUCUUGGACAUCCUCUAGACUUACAUCUUUCAGUAUCUGUGAGUAAUUAUGUACCCAAUAAUUCUUAUGUACCACUACAUCUUCCUUAUAUGGUCGAAACAUUCUGUAAAUAUCUUAUAUCAUUGUCUGGUGCUCUAGUGAUUUUAAACGUGGUUCCUUGUUACGCUUUAGAUGGACAGUUUAUCUGCCACGCCUUUUUAGAACUAACAUUACGCAGUACGAUACCAGAUCGUGAAACACGUGGAUUGAUUUACACCCUGAUCAUUCUAUAUGGAACUAUUUUAUUGGGUUUAAACGUUAUUAUGGCCAUGUGGACAUUAUUUUUCGUGUAA